UGAACACCACCUCUACAUCAUAGCAUAUUAUAACAUGAGGUUCACGUGAAAUUGGUCUCUGUGAUACGCUGUAUAUUCCAACUAGACGUUGCUAGACACCAUCAAGUCUAGGCCCGUGCUCAGCCACGCCCGACAGACGUCAGUUCCCAGCUCUCCCAGCUACUUCCCUCGAGCUAUCGUCCCCCCAUCGUCCACUACAUACCACAUCCGCGACUCCAUCUCCAUCCGUCGCCAUGGCGCCCCGAAUCGAAGCGCAGGAAAUCGAGACAUAUUGGAAUAUCUUCAGCACGAGAACCAAUGGCGGCAAGUUCCUCACAGGCGAGAUGGCAGCGCCGCUGCUGAAGAACAGCGGGCUGCGCGACGACCAGCUGGAGCGGGUAUGGGAUGUCGCCGACGUCGACAACGACGGGAACUUGGAUUUUGAGGAGUUCUGUGUGGCCAUGCGCAUCAUCUUCGACAUAGUCAAUGGAGAAUACGCUGAUGUGCCCGCUGCAAUACCCGACUGGCUCGUUCCCGAAUCCAAAGCGCACCUUGUCCAAGCGAAUCGCGCAUUGUCGGGUAAGCAAGUGCAAUUCGAACAGGUGGAGGAUGACCCCGACUCGCCCGGCCUGAAGGAUGGCUUCGACUGGUACAUGAACCCGAAGGACAAGGCCAAGUACGAAUCGAUAUACCAGGAGAACAGAGACAUGAGGGGGGAAAUGUCCUUCAACGCCCUCGAAGAUCUCUACGAAUCCCUCGACGUGCCCGACACGGACAUCCGGUCGGCCUGGAAUCUGGUCAACCCCUCGGCUUCCUCGACUAUCAACAAAGACGCCUGUCUCGCCUUCCUCCACAUACUCAACAACCGACACGAAGGCUAUCGAAUCCCGCGUACGGUGCCCGCCUCGCUCCGCUCCUCCUUCGAGCGCAAUCAAAUUGACUACCAGCUCGACAGCCGCCGCAACGCGUCGGCGGCCUCGCGCUGGGCCGCCAAAGCCGACGAGACGACGAGCACCGGCCGCAAGGCCAAGUUCGGCGAUCAGUACCUGACGCGGCUGGGGCGGGGCGGCUUCAAGAGCACGGGAACGGAUUUCAGCACGGCUAAGACGGAUGAUUGGGAGGAGGUGCGUCUCAAGAAGCAGUUGCAGGAGCUCGAGGACAAGAUGGCGAAGGUGGAGGAGAUUGCGACUCGGAAAUCAGGUGGCAAGCGAGAUAGCAAGCCGGCGCUCGUCAAACGGGAGCUUGAGCAGUUGCUGGAUUACAAGCGGAAGGAGCUGCGGGAACUCGAGGAGGGCACAGGGAAGGCGAACGUGGGGGCUGGCUUGAGGGGGGUUUCGGAUGACUUGCAGACGGUCAAGGAGCAGGUUGAUGGGUUGGAGGCGCAUUUGAGCUCCAGGAUGCAGGUUCUGGAUCAGCUCAGGAGGGAGAUUGAUAAUGAGAAAGGUGGGAGAUGAAUGGGUUGAAGAGGGAGACUAUCAUCACAUUAUAAGCGGGUGUAAUGCGACGUUAUGUAUAUCAGCAACUUUGCGGACCUGCGGACCUGUGAUAUUGACAAUGAUCAUAGAGAUGUAGAAAUACUUUGAGAGUAUUGUAAACAAGUCAUAAGUACCGCGUGUGGCGUUUGGGCUUAAAUCGAAGUCAGUCAACAUUGAACAAGGACACUGG